UUUACCGUAUCGCACACUACGCAGGACGACCUCAGGACGAGAUUUCCUCAGUAUGGCUACGAAGUUGCUGCUGCUGGCAGCUCUCCUGAUAGGCACCGCGACUGCUGCCGGAAGUCACGAGGAUGGACCGACACCUCCAAAACAUCCCCCACUGGAGCCCAGAGGAGACAUACCAGCUAAAGACACGAUCAACGACGACCAUCCCUCCAGCGCUAGUGACUUGACCGCAGCAAAGUCUGGACGCAAAGUGGCUUCAGAAAAAAUGACGAAAGCUGCUGCUGCGACGCUUUCCUGCAGCCGCUCCUCCUAUGUGCACAUGAUGGGUGACAGGGACGUGGUCACCUUCAAAAGUCCAAGAUUCCCGCAGAUGUAUGGACCGAAUACAAGCUGCGGGUGGGCCUUGCGGGGAACGGAUCCUGACACCUACUUCGUCGUCUCGUGCAGCUACUUCCGAUUGCAAAACAAGAGAAGGCGGCGUUGUUCGGAUUACCUCCGUCUGGAUCGUCAGAAAUUUUGCGGAGGAAUUCGCCAUGGCCCCAGGAGAUGGUACAGUUCAGGCAGCUACUUGAGGAUGUGGUUCCGGUCGGACAGGAAAAGGAAUUACAGGGGAUUUACAUGUACUGCCACAGCUUACGUACCACAACCUCCUACCACAGCGCAGCCCCAGAGCACUUGCGGAGCCACUUGCGGAGUCCCUAACCGAUCUACGAGAAUCGUUGGCGGAGCCGCGACGGAGGUUAACGAGUACCCGUGGCAGGUGGCCAUAGCAGCGAAGACAGGCAACGAUCCCCAAGAUUUCUUCUGUGGCGGCUCAAUCAUCAACAGGAGAUGGGUCUUGUCUGCUGCUCAUUGUGAAAUAUCUUCGUCCCUUCAUCGGGUCAUCGCAGGUGCCCACAGGUGGAACAGCAACCCUGUUUCUUAUACCAGCAUCGAUAUUGAAAAUGUCAUCGAUCAUGCUUCCUACAACUCGGCUACAGUUGAUAAUGACAUUGCUUUGGUAAGGGUGUCGCAAGAUUUCGACUUCAGUUUAAUUGGACAGGCCCCUGUUUGUCUGCCAGUCCUAGGAUCCAUAGAGUCAUACGCGGGCCAGAUAGCUACAAUUACAGGCUGGGGAAAAUUAGCAUACAAUACAAAUUCAUACCCUCCCGAGCUUCAUGAAGUUGAAGUUGUUGUAGCGAGCAACGCUGCCUGUACCAGGGACUAUGGCACUCAAUUCACAUCUAACAUGCUCUGCGCUGGAAUAGCCGCUGGAGGGAAAGAUUCUUGCCAGGGUGAUUCUGGAGGACCACUGACUGUUGGAGACAGCAACGUCUAUACGCAAGUUGGGGUCGUUUCCUUUGGAAUUGGCUGCGGCUCUCCAGAUUAUUAUGGUGUAUAUGCUCGUGUAACACGUUACAUGUACUGGAUCGACAGCAUUGUUGGCGAUGACGGUUACUGCAGUCAGAGCUAGGCUGAAGAAAUGCAGAAGAACGAGAUCCCACACUAUCUGCGACCUUGGAAUUCCAAACUAGAGGGCGCACUUUCUUGCCUAAUAUGUUAACAGAGAUUCUGUGGAAACAUUCUUCUGUUGUUGGAAAUGUUCUUUUGUCAGCGAUGAGCCUCAUUUUGGUAUUUGGGAAAGAAGAACAUAAAAUAGUACAGCAACGCCGAGUUUUAAGUAUAAAAAAAAUUUGGAUCUAUCUAUAUUAACGUAUAGUUAAUUGAACAGAAAUAUUUGUAUUCUUUUGUUGGCACGAAGAUAUGGAAGUGACAUU